CGUGCUGGACACGCGGCCACGGGAACAUCCCCAGCUUCUUGCGGCGCCUUGAGGUGGAUCCCGCUGUGACGGUGAACGGAGCUUCCCCCUUCGUUGAGACCAGAUAAGACGGAACCAUCGCUGAGCUUCACAACGACCACUUUUACCAUCUCUAUUGUUUCUAGCUAUAUAUAGCCCCGUUUCCAAGGGUCCUGUUGCAUCUGUCCUCUUAUUAUACCCAGGUUGCCUGGUGCACCUCUCUCAUAUCUAUCCACAACAUAAUCCGGGACGACAACCCAUAUACCCCCGACCGGGCCUUGCUGAUAAACGAAGCACGGUCCACAGUUAGUCACACUGUCUUUCGGUGACCUGCUCGAUAGCCUCAGCGGUGACAGUUGAGGCUUGUGAGGUAUCUCGGACUGUGAAGCUGGACGCCUAACCCUACUGGCCAGCUUUUAUAUACAAAAGCAAUCAUGGUGAACAUCAACAUGAACCUGUUCCGUGCCUUGGGCGACUUCUCCCACCUCGGGUCGAAAUGCGUCCUGAUAUGGGCCAUACAUCGGAACAAGAGCGCUGAAGGUGUUUCGCUCCUUACACAGAUGCUCUAUGCCUUGGUCUUCGUCACUCGAUACCUUGACCUCUUUCGAAAAGAGGCCUGGGGAUCUUUCUAUCUUGUUUUCUUCAAGAUUUUCUAUACUAUAACGUCGUUCUAUGUCAUCUUCUUGAUGAUGAAAGUCUUCCCUCGCACACGGGAGAAGGAGAGAGCAUGGAAAAUGGGCUUGAUCUCUGUUGGUCUGUCGCUUGUCCUGGCUCCUAUCUCCCUUGCCAUAUUCAAGGAGUACAAAUCUGGUCGGUGGUUCACUGAGACAUGCUGGGCUUUCUCUAUAAUCCUUGAAUCUGUCUGUGUCCUCCCCCAAUUGCUCCUCUUGCGCCAGACCACCGUCCCGACUGUCAUCGACUCGUACUACCUGCUUAUGCUGGGAUCAUACCGAGCAUUCUACAUUCUGAACUGGCUUGUGCGCGGACUGGGCGCCGAGGGCUUCUGGGAGCCGAUUGCCGACAUUUUCGGACUUGUUCAGACCGCUUUUUACAUCGACUUUGCUUGGGUCUACUACUCUCGCCAGCGUGUGAAGCUUCGUAACGGAGGGGUGGUUGACUCGGACGACUUCCGCCACAGCUGGCUUGUUAGCAAGGUGCUCAAUUUCAGACAGCGCAGGGUGGCGGAUGAGGAGCAGAUUUUGAAUGAUGAUGACUUUGAAGAAGAGAGGGUCAAUGGGGAGAGGCCAAAGAACAACCGAUGGGGCGCAAGAGGGAUUUCGGUCUCCGCCGAUGACACAUUGGAGGAUCAACGGCCUCGAACUCAUGGCUCGAGCCAUGAUAACAGCCUAGAAGGGUUCUCGGAUGAUGAGGAAGAUGACGUCCCGGUUUAUCAAGCGAAUAAGACCUCUUCUGGGGCCACUGGGAGCGGAGUUUGAAUUGAUUGGUUUUUUCUGGGCCAUAUAUAGAUUUCUCUGGUGCAGAUCUACGUCUCUGCUUACUCUCUCUUGGGUGCAAUUUGGUCUCUCGACCCUGCCUGCAUGUCAUCCUAUCUCCAAAGCGAACUGUUCAUCAUCUUUAGUGUCCCUUUCACGUCAACUAAUUUCCGCGAUUCCAAAUCCUUCUAGAAAGCGCAGUAGUGUCGAGCGACGACCGAUCAUCUAUACCUUGUUG